AUGGCAGAAGUAGAGGAUGAAGAAAUCCGCCAAGCAGCUUUAGAAGGUAGACCAACCUCUGUUGUAAGAAUGUCUUUGCUUGAAGGUCAUGAUAGACGUCGAUACAAUCUUCCUUCCCAUGAGGAAGUUGCGUUUGUGUUUGUGGGAGAUGAUGGUGCUCCACCUGCAUCCAGGGAAAUUGUUAUAUACCCUCGAGGUCAGCCUUUAAGAACAAUUUCGUCUAUGUCUGCAAAUUUGGAUCCUUUGGUAUAUCCAAUAUUCUUCCCGAGAGGUGAUGCUGGAUGGCACAAUCAACUAGAGCACAACCCUGACCGUGCAACCCGUGUUAGAAACCAUGUUACUUUGUCUCAGUAUUAUAAUUAUAGGCUUGCUGUUAGACAAACUUUUAGUCCUAUAUUCUAUGGUAAGAAACUUUUUCAGCAAUAUGUUGUUGAUGCAUAUGUCAAAGUUGAGGGACAGCGCCUUGCUUUUAUUAGAAAUAACCAAAACAAACUUAGAAGUGAGCAAUAUGAUGCAUUGCAUGAACAUGUAAUUAAUCGUGCUAAUGAUCUUAAUGUAAGACCAGGCCGUGUUGUUAUAUUGCCUUCUUCAUAUGUUGAGGAUAUUUUUAAGCAUGGAGUCUUAGGCAAAGUUGUAAGUCAUGUGCAGGUUAUUGAGUUUCAAAAGCGUGGUUUGCCACAUGUACAUAUUUUAUUGCACUUUGUAAAUGCUGAUAAGCUAGAAACAGCAGAAGAUAUUGAUAGUUUGAUAUCAGCAGAAAUCCCAGACCCAGCUGUUGAUCCUGAACUUUUUGAAAUUAUAAAAUCAUGCAUGAUACAUGGACCAUGUGGAAUUUUAAAUCCCAAUUCUCCCUGCAUGAAAGAUGGUAAAUGCACAAAAAAAUUUCCUAAGGAAUUUAAUCCCCACACUGUUGCAAUUUUUAAUGGUUAUCCACGCUAUAGGCGCGUCGAUAAUGGAAGAAUUGUAAAUAUAAAAGGUAAUCAAGUUGACAACCGUUGGGUUGUACCUUAUAACCCAUGGCUUUCUAAAAAAUAUCAAGCACACAUAAAUGUUGAAGCCUGCAUGACCAUAAAGUCAGUUAAGUAUUUAUAUAAGUACAUUUACAAAGGGCAUGACUGUGCCAAUGUGGUGAUAAAUGAGCAAGUUAACCAUGAUGAAAUAAACACGUUUUUAAAUUGUCGCUAUGUUUCAGCUCCAGAAGCAUUGUGGCGAAUAUUUGAGUAUUCUUUAAGUGAUAUGUCACAUAACAUCAUUCGACUUCAGGUUCAUCUGCCAGAUAAUCAGAUGAUAUAUUUUGUAGAAGGCGAAGAACAGGCAGCUUUAGACCGUGCAGCACAGCGUGACACUCACCUAACUGCAUGGUUUAAAUUAAAUGUUGAAAAUGAACAAGCCCGACACUAUCCAUAUGUUGAAAUUCCUUACCACUUUGUUUUUGAUAGCAAACAUUGUAAAUGGAAAGUUAGGCAAAGAGGUAGCAAUAAGAAUGUUACUUUUGCAUGUUAG